AUGAGGCCACGAAUUUUUCUGCUUCUAUUCUGGGCGGCACACUUGCGAGCGAUCGACAUUUUUUGUGGAAAGCUCACCGUUUACGAACAACAACGUUUCGACGGAAACUCUUUUAUUCUUUCUUCGCAAGCAACUGAUGAUUUAAAAGGAUGUUUGGAGAUUUGUUGCAAUAUACCAAAUUGUCAAGGCGUCACCCUGCUCGGCAUCAUCACCCCGAGGCCCGGUGAGCCGAAUUGCUUAUUGUUUGGUUGCCGCGGCGGUGAUUGCUCGCUAUCGGCAAAGGGAAACUUCAACGACGGGCUCAUUUCUGUCGUUUUGGCAAGAGAUUUGGCAAAUGAGUCGACGACAGCGACGGCGGGGAUGGACUCCAGGGGACACUUGAUAUCGGGCUCUUCACCGCUCAACCCCCGUCCACUCACAUACACAACGGCCGCAACGAUACUAAUCCCGGAAACGUUCGAGAAAGCGCCGUCAAUGGUCCCGAAUGGGCUUUAUCCCUCGCCAACGCCAUCACUCCCAAUUUCUGCAUACCCGCCACUCCAUCAAACGCCCGACGGAGCGGUGAUUGUCGGUGAUCACGAUAACAACGCGAAAAUGACGAAAGCCCUGCAACCAGUUUGGGCAGUCGGAUUGGCGAUUGUCAUCGCCGUGUGUUGUGUCGGUCUUUCACUCGGUCUUCUCUCGGCUUACAUCUGCUAUCGGAGGCAGAAAAAUCGAAAGCAACGAGCCGAGAUCACCCAACCAAAAAUGCCUACUCUGCACGCUUUCAACACUGCAUAC